UUCUCCCACCUCUCUUCCUUCCUUUCCUUCUUCUUCGCCAUGCUCUCACACCACUCUCCAAUCCUCCCCUCGCCCUUCCAGCACCCAACUCUUCCAUUUUGAGCGCAGAUCUCGGCACAACAAGAGCCGGUUCCUCUACCUUCCCGCGGUCAAAUCGCACUUUCUCCUCCAUUCGUUCAUGGGUCCAUCACCAUCUCUCCUCUACUUAUUUCUCUUCCUCCUCGUCUACGCUUGUGUUCCUCCUGUGAGUUCUUUGACUGAGGAAGGCUCUGCCCUGCUCUCCUUCAAGGCUUCCAUCAGAGAAGACCCAGAGGGCUCCCUCGGUAACUGGAACUCCUCUGACCCAAACCCAUGCUCUUGGAAUGGCAUCACAUGCAGAGAAGGUGUUGUGAUCUCCCUCAGCAUCCCCAAGAAGAGGCUUGCAGGCUUCCUCCCCUCUGCUCUCGGUUCCAUCCCCUCCCUCCGGCACAUCAACCUCAGGAACAACCGCCUCUUCGGCAGGCUCCCCGCCGGGCUCCUCGCCGCCGCCGGGCUUCGGAGCGUGGUCCUCUACGGGAAUUUCCUCUCCGAUCCCCUCCCUCUGGAGAUCGGCAACCUCUCCUACCUCCAAACGUUGGACCUUUCGCGGAACUUGUUCGACGGUUCCAUUCCCAGCUCCUUGCUCCAAUGCAGGAGGCUCAGGACCCUCAUCCUCGGCCACAACAAUUUCACCGGUUCCUUGCCUGAUGGCUUCGGCAGGGGCUUCGUUGCGCUGGAGAAGCUCGACCUUUCUUACAAUGGAUUCAAUGGCUCGAUCCCGGGCGACAUCGGUAAUCUCUCUACCCUUCAAGGGACUGUGGACCUCUCCCACAACAUGUUCUCCGGGGCAAUCCCUCCGAGCCUGGGAAAUCUUCCUGAGAAGGUCUAUAUUGAUCUCACAUAUAACAAUCUGAGCGGCCCGAUACCGCAGAAUGGUGCUCUGGAGAACCGAGGACCGACGGCGUUCAUCGGAAACCCCGGUCUCUGCGGCCCGCCAUUGAAGAACCCAUGUUCCGCCGGUGCACCUUCGUCAGGUCCUUCUGUGCCCACCAAUUACGCGCCUCCCGUGUCCCAAGCCAAUAGCAACGGGAAUGGAAGCAGCAGCAGCAGCAAAGGUCUGAGUAAAACCGCGGUGGCUGCGAUUGUAGUGAGUGAUGUGGUUGGAAUCGGUAUCAUAGCAAUGGUGUUCUACUGCUGCUACAGGAGGGCUACUUCUUCCAAGGGGAAGGAAGAGGGUGGGAACUCCAAAAGGGGGACGAAGGGAAGGAAGGAAUGCGCGUGUUUUAGGAAAGAGGAGUCCGAGGCCUUGUCCGAAAAUGUCGAGCAAUAUGAUCUAGUGCCAUUGGAUCGGCACGUUAGCUUCGAUUUGGAUGAGCUCUUGAAGGCUUCUGCUUUUGUCUUGGGGAAAAGUGGGAUGGGGAUUGUGUACAAGGUUGUACUGGAAGAUGGGGUAAUCUUGGCUGUUCGGAGGUUGGGUGAAGGAGGGUCGCAAAGGUUUAAAGAGUUCCAAAUGGAGGUGGAAGCUGUUGGAAAGGUUAGGCAUCCUAAUAUUGUUACCCUCAGAGCUUAUUAUUGGUCAGCAGAUGAAAAACUCCUUAUUUAUGAUUACAUACCUAACGGCAACCUCACUGCUGCAAUUCAUGGAAGAGCUGGAACAAUGGCUUUUACACCCCUAUCAUGGGAUGUUCGACUAAAGAUCAUGAAAGGGAUAGCCAAGGGCUUGGCGUUUUUGCAUGAAUUCAGCCCAAAGAAGUAUGUUCAUGGAGAUCUCAAGCCUAACAACGUACUUCUUGGACUAAACAUGGAACCAUACAUUUCUGAUUUCGGCCUCGGGCGUCUUGCUAACAUAGCAGGAGGAUCCCCACUGCUGCAGUCGGAUAGGAUAUCUGCUGAAAAAUCUCAGAGCCAGCGGUCAGAUGUUACAGUCAGUCCUUCUGUGACUAAAGGAUCAUGCUAUCAUGCUCCUGAAGCAUUGAAAACACUAAAACCAUCUCAGAAAUGGGAUGUUUACUCCUAUGGGGUGAUUUUACUGGAAAUGAUCUCUGGUAGAUCACCACUUGUUCUGUUAGAGACUGUGGAAAUGGAUCUAGUUCGUUGGGUUCAGUUCUGCAUUGAAGAAAAGAAGCCCCUCUUGGAUGUGUUGGAUCCUUUUCUAGCCCGUGAACUAGAUAGGGAAGACGAGAUUAUUGCUGUACUUAAAAUUGCCUUGGCUUGUGUACAAGCGAAUCCUGAAAAGAGACCAUCAAUGAGGCAUGUUGUGGACACACUGGAUAGGUUCAUUUCCAAUAACCCGAGGUAGCUAUUUCAAACAUAUCAUCUCAUUUUGGCAUCUGAGGUGCUGAUCAUUCGCAGGAUUUUCAAUGCCAAGUUGCUCAUUCCAAGUCACAAUUGAGUGCAGCAUGCAUGCAUACUGCUGAACAAGGAAUGUGUUGAUUAAACAUGAUCGAGCAAGAGCAUGCCAAGCUUUUUUUUCCCCCCUCAUUUUGCUUAAUAAUGAAAUAUGGUUCCUUGUAUGAUCUCUUCCAUUGUAGUGCUGUUGAUAUAGUUUGUGCCCAGCUUGUUCCAGUAAAGCAUGAUGUAUCUAUUGUAUGACUGUUUGUCAUGAAUGGACAAUGUAAAUGUGAUGGCAGGAAUGUCUUGAAUG